AUGUUGUUGUUAUUGCACAUUAUAAUGCUACUUUUAUACAAUGUUAAAUUAUAUUCAACAGAUUUGUUGCGGUAUGCGCAUGAAAACGGUUGCCCGUGGAACGAGACCACGUGUGAGGCAGCUGCAAAACGUGGGCACAUGGACAUGCUGCGGUAUGCCCAUGAACACGGUUGUCCAUGGGACGUGAGAACGAGUAUCGCGGCCGCAACCUACGGGCACGUGGAUGUCUUGCGGUAUGCGCAUGAAAACGGUUGCCCGUGGAACGAGACCACGUGUGAGGCAGCUGCAAGACGUGGGCACAUGGACAUGCUGCGGUAUGCCCAUGAACACGGUUGUCCAUGGGAUGAGCUCACGUGUAACGCAGCCGCAGGCUACGGGCACAUCGAUGUCUUACGGUAUGCGCAUGAAAACGGUUGUCUAUGGAACGAGGACACGUGUAUGGCGGCCCCAGCCUGUGGGAAUAUUGAUGUGCUGCGGUAUGCCCAUGAACACGGCUGCCCGUGGAAUGAAUUCACGUGUAGCAUGGCUGCAGCCUUCGGGAACAUGGAUGUCUUGCGGUAUGCGCAUGAACACGGAUGCCCGUGGAACGAGGGCACGUGUAUGUGGGCCGCAGGCAGUGGGCAUAUUGAUUUGCUGCGGUAUGCCCAUGAAAACGGUUGUCCAUGGGACGUGAGAACAAGUAUCGCGGCCGCAACCUACGGGCACGUGGAUGUCUUGCGGUAUGCGCAUGAAAACGGUUGCCCGUGGAACGAGACCACGUGUGAGGCAGCUGCAAAACGUGGGCACAUGGACAUGCUGCGGUAUGCCCAUGAACACGGUUGUCCAUUGGAUGAGGACCCGUGUAACGCAGCCGCAGUGUCCGGGCACGUGGAUGUCUUACAGUAUGCGCAUGAACACAGCUGCCCGUGGAACGGGGUAACGUGUAAGAUAGCCGCGGAAUACGGUAACAUUGAUGUGCUGCGGUAUGCCCAUGAAAACGGUUGUCCAUGGGACGUGAGAACAAGUAUCGCGGCCGCAACCUACGGGCACGUGGAUGUCUUGCGGUAUGCGCAUGAACACGGAUGCCCGUGGAACGAGGAGACGUGUAUGUGGGCCGCAGGCAGUGGGCAUAUUGAUUUGCUGCGGUAUGCCCAUGAACACGGUUGCCCGUGGGACAAACGUACGUGUGAUCUGGCCAGGAUGAGAGGAAAAGUCUCAUGUCUACAAUAUGCGCUGGAAAAUGGGUGUUCAGAGAUUGAUGUAUCCCCGCAAGAAUAACAAGAAUUGCAAGAAUAAUGCACCAUCAUAGAUUAUAUUUUAUUAUAAUUUUUAAUUAUCGCUGGUAACCGAUUAAACGAGAGUAGUAUGAAAUGGACAGUUAUGGAGCCUCA